AGAAGAGACUCGGGGAAGUCGUAGUAGAAUUCUAGAACGAUCGGUCUACGUUCAUCGUAUUGAUCGGUCUGUCUGAACGACCAUCGAAUUUUGAGGACGGUCAUCGGUGGCACGUUAUACUAAGACUAGGCAUGCGCGCUGAAGUUUUACCUAAAAUAUUAGCCACAGAGAAUGGCAUUGGAAUGCGCGCUGAAGUUUUACCCACAGAGAAUGGCACUUCCGUGUUACUAUCUUAUCAACGCAGCUAUGGCAGUGAUGUUUCGGUCUUUUCCUUCAAAUCUUAUGGUAACUUUGUGAAUUCGGCGUGAACAGUUUUGAC